CGCUCAGUGCGCGCGGCGCCGGACGCAUCGACCAGUCUGCUCCGAGCGGCUUCUGGGUGCACUGACCAAACGAGACGCGAUGCAGACGCUGGCGCUACUGCUAGUGCCGCUGGUGGCGGCGGGCGCCGCCAGGGCGCUGCCCGUAUCCACCACCAGCUCUCCAGGGGACAGCUUCCAGCUGCACCUGCUCCACCUCAACGACUGGCACGCGCGCUACGACGAGACGGACGGCGCCGGCGACCCCUGCGACCGCCGGACCUCGCAGUCGCAGACCCGGCAGCCUUGCUAUGGCGGCUUCGCGAGGAUCGCGGGCAGGGUGCGCCAGCUGCUGGCCCAACACCCGGACAACUACCUGCUGCUCAACGCCGGCGACAACUUCCAGGGCACGCUCUGGUACACGCUUUUCACCUGGAACGUCACCGCGCACUUCCUCAACAAGCUGCCCUGGGACGCGGCGACGCUGGGGAACCACGAAUUUGAUGACGGAGUCGGAGGCGUGUUGCCCUUCCUGGAACACAUCCAGUUCCCGGUGGUCCUCGCCAACAUGGACGCCUCUCAGGAGCCCUCUAUGGUCGGCAAGUUCAACAGGUCCGUCGUGGUGGAGCGCGGAGGGCGUCGAAUAGGCGUCGUGGGAUACGUAAUGCAGGACCUGCCGGACAAGGCUACCACCGGCAACCUGACGUUCACUGACGAGGCACAGACUGUGGCGGAGGAGGCGGCGCGCCUCAAGCAAAGCGGCGUCGACAUCAUCGUCGCUCUCUCCCACGCAGGACUCUACAUCGACCGCGACAUGGCAACCAAGAUGCGAGACGUCGACAUCAUCGUCGGAGGGCACACGCACUCACUGCUCUACACAGGCAAGCCGCCGACAGGGGACGCAGCAGAGGGCCCCUACCCGACGAUCGUGACGCAGGACGACGGCCACAAAGUGGCGGUGGUGCAGGCGGGCUCCUUCGGCAAGUACUUGGGACACUUGGUCGCCACGUUCGACGCGAACGGCGAGCUGCUCAGCGCGACGGGCAACCCGGAGCUGCUGGACGAGCACGUGCCGCAAGACGAAACCAUCCUGGAGGAACUGAUUCCGUGGAGGAACGUGGUGGAAGAGACUGGUUCGCGAGUCUUGGGCCGCACGAACGUGCUGCUCAACGCGUCCAACUUCGUGUGUCGGGGUUACGAGUGCAACAUCGGCAACUUCCUUACGGACGCCAUGGUGGACGAGCACGUGGUGAUUGGACAACAGGGUAGGUGGACACGCGCUGCGGUCGCUCUUAUGAACGGAGGCAACAUCAGGACGUCCAUCGACGAACUCAGGAACGGUGGAGACGUGACGUAUAGCGACCUGCUGACCGCAUGUCCGUUCAGAGACGGCAUAGACACGGUCACCAUCCUGGGCUCCACCCUUCGAGAAGUGCUGGAAGCGUCUGUGGAGAAGAGCCAGAUCUACACUGUAGAACAAGGCGGAGUUAACUUGACCGUCCACUACGCUGGAGGAAAUUUCUUACAACAGUCAGGGCUGCGCGUGGUGUACGACGUGCGCCAGCCAGUGGGUAACCGCGUGAACAGUGUGCUGGUACGGUGCGCUGAGUGCCGGGUGCCGCGCUACGAGCCGCUGGUGCCGGACGCGUGGUACACGGUCGCCAUCACCACCUACAUGGCGCAGAACAGGGACACCUUCCGUAUGCUGCGAGACAGCGGCGUCAACCGCACUGCCGGUCGCCUUGACACGGACGUGUUCAUCGACUACAUGAAGAAGAACAACCCCAUCACGCAUGGGAUUGAUGGGCGCACCGUGGUCCUCUACUGACAUCACACACGAGGUUGCGGUCAACAGACCACACGGGACCUGUUGCCGGAUUCGUGCUAGUGAAGGCGACUGCUAGUGCCAUGAUGCGCAAGAACAAAUGACAACCGAGAGACUUUGUUUAAUGCUUCACUUUACUUCCUAAGUACCUACGCAAUGAUAACAGAUAUUUAUUUUAUAUCGUUUGUUUCAUGAACGAUAAUUGUAAUUCUGGUUACGCAGGUAAAAGGUUCGAUGGAUCGCA